GCCGUGAUAGCGAGCAUGGAGAGGAGAGCUGGAUUUGAGAAAUGUGAAUCAUCUCUCCAGCAGGAGAGAAAUAUGCUUGCUCUAUCCAAUCUGACACAGACACUGGAAGAUGUCUUCAAAAGGAUUUUUAUUACUUACAUGGACAAUUGGCGCAGGAACACGACAGCUGAGCAAGAGGCCCUGCAGGCCAAAGUCGACGCCGAGAACUUCUACUACGUCAUCUUGUACCUUAUGGUGAUGAUCGGAAUGUUCUCGUUCAUCAUCGUCGCCAUCCUGGUGAGCACGGUGAAGUCCAAGAGACAAGAACACUCCAAUGACCCCUACCACGAGUACAUUGUGGACGACUGGCGGGAGAAGUACAAGAGUCAAAUUCUGAAUCUAGAAGAAUCCAAGGCCACCAUCCACGAGAACAUUGGCGCGGCAGGGUUAUCUCCUUGAUAAGCGAGAAAGACAUAAAGCCAACCUCUGACAUCCCAGUAUGAAGAGAUGCCAGUGCCGUGAGCAAAUCCAUAUUGUCACUGCUUAAGAGACAGUAAGUUCCUCGCUCUCUGCUGAGAAUUUUCAUGGAGAUCAUGUGGUUGGUCAACUAAAACAAGUGACACUUCAAUCUGAGUGAUUUAUGCUUGCUCAUCGGAGCAAUAUUUUAUGCUGAAGGCUUCUUUUAUUUUCUGUGCAAUGUAGAUGUCAUUUUAUUCAAUAUCAAUAGUGAAAAUAUAGCCAAAUUUGAAGUGACGGUGGCAGUCAGGGUAGAGAGGGAUUUAAAAAGCACUAAAUCUUCUUUCUUAUGAAACAUUAUUUUGUAUGUGACUAAAUUUAUAAAUCACCCAGAUGCAUAACUCAGAAGCUGAGGUUCAAAAUCUAUCCUUUGCUCACUAGACUGACAGGUGCUUUUAUUGAUUGAUUCGUGAAUAUAGAGUCUAAAGUGACAAUGAACAGAACAGCAGGAUUACCUUAUGUAUAUUGUUUUCCUGGCAUUUAACUUAUUUGGAAGUCUGAAGACAGAACAAACAUUUCACAGGGGCAACGGGUCUACACCAGAGAAGUAGAAUCUACCCAGUGCAAACAUUUUUAGAUGAGAUUGGGCACGUUCAGGGCGGUAUGGCUGUAGAGAGUGCAAACAUUUUUAA